CAUCAUAUCUUAUUUCUGCUAAAUCUUACAAAAUUGUCACUUUCACCAUAUCUAUGUCAUGGCAUCUAUAAUACCCAAACCAUCAUAUCCUGUAGUGACUUCAUUGAUCGAGGCCGGACUGCACGUCCUGACACCUACGGACCCCGACUAUGUAUCCCGCGAGGAGUCAUACUGGUCGAAAACUGCCAAGUUAGGGCCUAUCUGCAUCGUUCAACCAAAGACUCCCGAUGAGGUUUCUCAAACAUUGAAUGUUUUGGUAGCUGCCCAGGAGAAAUUCGCUAUCCGUGGUGGCGGACAUUCUCCAGGGGUAGGAACUAAUAACAUCACUGGUGGUGUAACGAUUGAUCUCGGCCUUAUGGACAAGAACUACCUAGGCAAUGAUGCGAAAACAGUGACAAUUGGCGCCGGGGGAAGAUUUAAGAACGUAUAUCAAGAAUUAGCUAAACAUGGGCUCGCAGCCGUGGGUAGCAGAGAGGGAAAUGUUGGCGUUGGGGGCUUUAUCCUUGGUGGGGGUAAUUCGUGGUUCACAUCACGAUAUGGUUGGGCAUGCGACAACGUCGUUGCUUAUCAGAUCGUACUGGCGGACGGUCGCAUUAUCACGGCAGACAAGGACAACCAUUCGGAUCUAUUCCAGGCUCUAAAGGGUGGAUCCAAUAAUUUCGGUAUUGUAACCAACUUCACCAUAAAGACCGUACCCUGUUCCCAAGUUUGGGGUGGUGUCGCUGUCAGCCCAAAAGAAGCGAUACCCCAACUCAUCGAUGUAACUUGGAACUUCACGGAGGACGUACCACAGUAUCGAGACAGCAACCUCAUAGUGGUCCUUGGCUAUUUUCCCGAUUUCAAAGACAAUGUUGCAUCUACAGCUGUGCUGGACACGCGGGGGGUUGAGAACGGCCCUGCAUACGAGCACUGGGCUAAGCUGCCGAAAAUCGCGGAUACCGUCAAGCCUACCACUAUUUUCAACAUGUCAACUGACAUGACAUUACCACCUAAAUACCAUGAUGCAUGGUUUACCUUGUGCUUUAAGAAUGAUAGACGUAUCAUGGCUAAGGCUUCCGAGGUACACAGCAGUAUGGUUGAAGAGUUGAAGGCUCACGUCCCCGAUGGCGACUUCCUUACGCAAUGCAUCUUCCAACCAGUCCCGACCCUAUUUGCCCAAAACUCCCUCGCAUCUGGAGGCAACGUUCUGGGCAUCGAACGGAACAAGGAAAACUGUAUUCUGUUUCAGAUUUCAACUAUGAUGAAGACACCAGAACAGCUGGCCUUCGCCUAUGCGAAAUUGAGCGCGUGUGUUGAAACCGUAAAACAAUAUGCGGCUUCGGUCGAUGGAUUAACCGAAUGGAACUACAUGAAUUAUGCAGACAAGUCGCAAAAUGUUCUCUCGAGCUAUGGAGCCGAUAACGUGAAAAAGAUGAAGGAUGUGGCCGCUAAGUACGAUCCUCAGCAGGUAUUCCAGAAGUUGUGUCCGGGUGGAUGGAAGAUCUCGGAUGUUUCAUUGUAAAAGAAUGGUCACGAAAAUUAUAGGAUUAAAAGUCGACUUUUAAGCGAAGAACUGCAUAUAUAUGUUGCAAUUUCGAAUAUAAAUAACAUCAUAUUUGA